AUGACCACCCUUCCUAAAUCCCAAAUCCACCCAAAUCCACCCGAGUCCACCCAAAACCACCCAGAUCCAACGGUUCUCAGGCUCUCUGGUUGGGUUCUCGGCUUCACGGGCUCUCUGGCUCUCUGGCUCUCCGGUUCUCCGGCUCUCUGGCUCUCCGGUUCUCCGGCUCUCGACUUCUCUGGUUCUACCGUUCUCGGCUUCACGGGUUCCCGGGUUGGGUCCUCGAGUUCACGGAUUAAACCCCCCAUGCACCAACGCGUCCCACGCGCUCUGCGUCGUGCCCUCGAGGACUUGGAUGAGUUUGGUUUUGGGUUUGGUUUGAGUGAGGAGGAGGAGGAUUCGAAGGAGGAUUCGAAGGAGGAGGAGGAGGAGGUGGAGGAGGAGGAGGUGGAGGAUAAGGAGUCGAAGGAGGUGGAGGAGGUGGAGGAGGAGGAGGAGGUGGAGGUUCUGGGGCUGAUGCUGGUGCUGGUGCUUGGCUGUUCGGAGGGGCUGGGCUGUGGGGAUCAGGUGCCUGUGCUGGUGAGGGUAGAGAUGCUGGUGCUGGUGCUGGUGGGGGAACGGGUACGGGUAGAGGUGCAGGUGCGAGGAAAGGGGAAGGGGAAGGUGCGAGGAAAGGGGAAGAAGAAGGUAGGAAACUCGAAGAAGAGACUCGCACAACCGUCGAGUGGGGAUGAGGAGGAUUCAGAGGAGGAGGAGGAGAUAAUCCACCACCACCACCCCCUCCAUAACCCCCACUACCACUACCCCCUUCUCCUCCGCCCCCACUACCCCCACCCCCUCCAUAACCACCGGCCGCCCAGCGGAUCCGUAUUCGCAGACUCGACACCGUCCUCCAACGCGCCGGGGGGCCUAGUACUAGGUCGGGGAGCGUGUAUGGCUGAGCUUGGAUCGGGUAUGUGUAUGUCGUCCUCUUUCUGCUUCGACGACGAUGGGGAUGAUGGGGAUGAUGGGGAUUGGGAUGACGACGAUGCGUGCUGCAGCGGCAACGACGGCGCCGAGGAUGGGGUCGACGAUGGGGUCGACGAUGAUGGGGGUGGGGAUUGGGAUUGGGAUUGGGAUGGUGGGGGUAGUGGUUACCGGAUCCCGACCCAGAUCCAGAUGCGGAUCCAGAUGCGGAUGCGGAGGUUGUGGUUGUGGUUGUGGUUGUGGUUGUGGAGUGCGUCCCGUGACGCGGUGUCGUGGGUGUUGGUGGGAGUGUGGGACGUUUCUGGUGUAGAUGAGGAAUCAACGAAAGGAUUAAAGGAUGGAAGGAUGGAAGGAUGGAAGGAUGGAAGGAAUGAAGGAAUGGAAGGAAUGAAAAUAGAGGAAUGGAAGGAAGGUGAAUUUGGGAAUUGGGAAUUUACGAAUUGGGAAAAGGGAAAGGGGAAUAAGUUAUCGAUCAAGUGGUAUGAUCCUAAAGAUCCUAGUAAGAAACUCAAGUACUCACCGGGGCGAGAAUACUCCCCAACGCCAAUCUCAACGCAUCUCUGGCGUGGUCGUGGUGCAGCGGCGGGGGCGGGGGAGUUGGAAGACUACCACUACCACUACCACUACCACUACGAGGCGGGGGAGGAGGAGGAGGAGGGGAAUACUGUUGUUCUGAUGGUUGUUGUUGUGAUGGUUGUUGUGAUAGUGGUUGUGUUGGUCGUUGUUGUCGUUGUUGUUGUUGAUGAUGAUGCUGAACGUCGGGGGUGGAGUCAAUACUGUAACCCAUCGGGGUUACUCGGACGACGACGUCUGAGGCUGGGCCGAAACGCCGAAACGCUGAAACCUGGUUGGGUUGGGUUGGUUGGGUUGGUGGUACAUACACACCCCGGAGCACUCCCAGAGCACCCCCAAGCACCAGCAGAGUUGAACGUUGUAUCAAUUGUGAUAGCUGGAAUCUUAGAAUCCAAACACAAAUGCAAAUACAAAUGCAAAUGCAAGAAUGCAAAUGCAAACGCAAGAAUGCAAAUGCACAGACAAACGCGGAUUGACAUUGACAUAGACAAAUGCAAAUGCAAUUCCCCUGAAUUACUUUCUGUGCUCCCGAGAGAGAUCGCGCGGGAUUUGAGGAUGUUGGAUGUUGGUGGGGUUUUUGGAGGGAAGAGAGGUCGGGGGAGGGGAAUAGGAGGGGAGGGGGUGGGGGGGAGAGAGAGAGAGAGAAGAGAGAAGAGAGAGAAGCGAGAGAAAAAGUGGGAGGUGCGGGAGGAGAGACAAGAUAGAAACAAUGGAGGAGACAAUGGAGAAAGGGAUGUCAGAAAGGAAAGGAAGGUCGAAAAGGAAAGGAACGUCGGAAAAGAAAGGGACAUUGGAAUCAUCAGAAUGGGUAUCUAUCUGGACAGAGGAUGUUUGAGGAGGGUUUGUGAAAUUGGGAAUGGGAAUCUGGAGUUGGAGUUGGAGUGGGAGUUGGAGUUGGAGUGGGAGUUGGAGUUGGAGUUGGACCUGUUAACUCUCGUAGACCCUGCUCAACACACCCUCCACUUGAUCUCUUUACAUAACGUCCCCCGUUCAUUUACAAUGCAAGUCCCCGGUUUGUUCACAAGUUCCCCAUUUAUUCGCAAGAAAGCUGAUAUCACAAUUUCAGUGGUAAAGGAGGAAGAGGUGGUGAUGGUGGUGGUGGAUGGAGGUAGAGGUGCUGGUAGUGAUAUAGUUUGGGUUCGCAUUUCCAGCAGCAGCAACAGCAGCAGCUGUGGAGAAGGAAGAGGUGGUAGUGGUGGAGGUGAUGGUGGUGAUGGUGGUGGUGGUGAAGACCUCUUCACACUCCCCCUCCACACUCCUCCUCCAUGCAUUCAUAUUCCCAACACAUGGAAAACCAAAGAAACACUAGUCGGUGGUGUUGUUGAUGGGUAA